AUGGGAUCCACCAAGAUCAACAAGUCCUUCCCUCCCGGCAUUCAUGGCCCUUCUAUCACCUUCUUCCAGGAUGAUCAGCAACAGGAGAUUGACUGGCCCACUCAAGAACGACACUUGGAGUACAUGGUCACUUCUGGCAUGCACGGCGUUGUUCUCGCCGGCUCUAGCGGUGAAUCAGCCACUCUGAGCAUCGAAGAGAAGGGUCUCUUGGUCAAGAAGACUCGGGAGAUCGCCGACGCCCACGGCAAGACUGAUUUCACUGUCACUAUGGGCUGCUUGGCUGGCUCCACCCGUGACAUCCUUGUCCAGAUCGAGACCGCUUACAAGAACGGUGCUGAUUUCGCCCUCACUCUGGUGCCCUCCAUCUUCCACUGGGCCAUGACCCAGAAGGCCAUUACCGACUUCUUCGAGGAGGUCGCCGACCGUGCCCCCAUCCCCAUCGUCAUUUACAACUUCCCCAACCUUUUGUCCGGUCUGGAUGUCAACUGUGACAUGCUCGAGAAGCUUGGCGCUCACCCCAAUAUUGCCGCUGUCAAGUUGACCUGUGGAGGUGUCGGAAAGGCCCAGAGAGUCGCCACACAGUUUGAGCCCGCUCAGUUCACCAGUUUGUCUGGUAUGAGUGACUGGCUCGUUGCCGCUUUCGCCGCUGGCAGCACUGGUUGCAUUUCAGGUGUUGCCAACAUUUUCCCUCGGGUUAUGGUUGAGAUUUACGAUCUGUACAUGGCUGGAAAGAUGGCAGAGGCUUCUGCCCUCCAGAAGAAGCUGGUCCUUCCCGAAUGGGGAAUUGGCACAUCAGACGUCAGCGGAAUGAAGUGGAUUAUUGCCAAGGAGCGUGGUUACCCCCUCUCCAGUGCUCACUGCCGUCGUCCCUUCCCCAAGUUCUCCGACACAGAAAAGCAAGAACGUGUCGUGCGCCUGGUCGCACCCCUUCUCCCCGUUGAGGAGGAGCUGAAGGCUAAGAAGGUUUAA